AUGACGAAUAAAAAUGUCGUUCUGAGAACAAACGAAAACUUGGUCAACCCCAACCCAAUCUCCUCCAACAGACAAAAAGAUGUCCCUAUCCAAGAAAAUAUCAAAUCUUCAUCAUUAGCUUCCACCCUCCUCAGAAGAAGUGCCUUAACAAACCUCAAUAACAAUACAUCAACAUCCACCAACCAGGCAUCAUCAACAACAGCAAAAUUAACCACCACUAGAAAAUCAUUCUCCAGAGAUUCCCGCAAGUCUGCUCCUUCCAGAAAAGACCGUCAAGUCCAUAUCAAAUCGGAUAUCCCUUCAUCACAUCGCCUUAAACCAAAACCCGCCUCAGAAAAAUUACCCCCAUCUAAAAUUAUCCCCAAAGAUGACAAACAACAACGCGACCAAGACCACCAAGACGACCAAGACGACCAAGACGACCAAGACCAAGAUGACCAAGAAGACAGUGACAAUGUCAAAGCCCAAGACCCAAAUAUCACCCAAGAAAAACAGAUAAAUAACUCCACGCUAACCACAACCUCCUCCAAUAAAAGAUCGGCCCCAGAAUCCUUCAGUGACCAGGUCGACAAACGUGCAAGGAUCGACUACACUUGGGAUGACCUUGACGAAGAAGAUAUCGACGACCCAUUAAUGGUCAGCGAGUACGUUGUCGAAAUCUUUGAAUACUUACACAAACUAGAACAAAAAACCGUGCCGGACCACUGGUAUUUUAGCAUGCAACCAAGAAUCCAACCAAAAAUGCGGACAAUCUUGGUCGACUGGCUUGUGGAAAUCCACCUCAGAUUCAAGUUGUUGCCAGAAACUUUAUUCUUGGCCAUCAACUUGAUGGACCGCUUCUUGUCGGUCGAAGCCGUCGAAGUCGAAAAAUUCCAACUCUUGGCCGUCAGUUGCUUAUUCAUCGCCGCUAAAUACGAAGAGGUUUAUUCGCCAUCAGUGAAAAACUACGCCGUGGUCACUGAUGACGGAUACGUAGAACAAGAAAUCUUGGACGCUGAAAAAGCAGUCGUCGAAGUAUUGGAAUUCGAUUUAUCUUACCCAAACCCUAUGAAUUUCCUCAGAAGAAUCUCAAAAGCCGAUGAUUACGAAGUUAGAACCAGAACCAUGGGGAAGUACUUGUUGGAAAUUUUCACCGUCGAUAACGAGUUCAUUGGAGUGUUACCAUCGAUGGCCGCCGCCACCGCAAUGUACGUUGCCAGAAAAAUCUUGGGCCGUGGUCCUUGGAAUAAUAAUCUUAUCCAUUACUCUGGCGGUUACACUCAAGAAGAUUUGGCAGAGGUUUCCGAAUCGUUGGUUAGAUAUUUGGUGUCUCCAAUCGUUCACGAGCAAUUCUUUAAAAAAUACGCCUCUAGAAAAUUCAUGAAAGUCUCAAUCAUUGCCAGACAAUGGGCAAAGCAAUUAGUUGCCAGAAGUGAAGAACAAUAA